UGAAAGAAACAGCUUUGCGAAUCCACAGAAUCUGCGUGUAUGGAUAUUAAUCACGCACACUUCUUCAACAUCAAAUAAAUACACUCUGUUUCAAACACAGACUCUUUCACCGCAAGAAAACAGCUACAUUUUUGUCAUUCACUAGUAUAUUACAACACAGUUGAUACCCUUCCACUCGUUUUGAAAAGUAUUGAGACACGCUUCUAAGUCCCGCCAAUGGUCAAAUUCAACAACCUGAUCCUUCUCAAUUUGGUGUUCACCAUGGUGAAUGGUUUAUACCUUCCCUCGAUGUUUCCUCACCUGGAGAUGAAGAAAGUCAUAAAACGAGAAAAUCAUGAGAAAGAGGCGGUCGCUCGAGAUGGUUUAUAUUCGAACUCGAGUUUAACAGAGUUUGAGAGUUCGGCUUCAGCAACAUCAUCCAUAUCCUCAACAUCAUCGCCCUCUGAAAAUAUCGAAGAGCUUUUGGAUCCAACAAACUGGUUGUACUCUCCAACAUCAGACUUGCUAAGUUCCUCCAGUCAAUCUUCUGAAACCCAUUUGGAUUUGCCAUCUUCCGCUACAUCGCAAUCUACUCCAUCCUCUUCCCUUGAAACCGAAACCGAAACUUCUCAAGGUUCCAGCUUGCAGGAUACGACGUCUUUUUCCACGGCUUCUUCUAGUUCCAGCUUAGAAAGCUCAAGAAGCAACAUUGAAAGCACUGAGAACGUGAGUAAUCCUGGAAGCUCUUCGGACUCAUCUUUGAGUUCGUUGUCGAGUGCGAGCUACACUGGCGCUACAAAAGCAAAGGCUACAUUUUACGCAACAAACUCACAGCAGCAAUCUGAGUCUUCAGCACUGGCUUCCUCAUAUGUUUCUUCAACCGACUCUCUUGGACUCUCAUCAAGCGAAAGUCUCAGCGAUCCGGAAGCUACAAGCUCAACUUCAUCUACCACAGCAUCAUCGGAAGGAACAGCAGAACAAUAUAGCUCCUCAUCAGCUUCUGCUACAAAUUCUCUAAGUACAUCUAGGAGUCCUGAUUUGCGUUUCAAAGUCGCUGGCAGUACAACCUCGACAACAGUUUCUAGUGAAACUUCCUUGUCGUCAUCUGCAAGUGGUACAGAGUCCACGGCAUCGGAAACGGAUUCGCCUCUGCCUUCUUCAACAAAUCCCGAGUCCUCCAAUUCUGAAACAGAAUUGCCACUACCAUCAGAGACCACCGGGUCAUCAAUCCCUCAAGAAGAUUUGAAAAUAGUAUCUUCAGAUCAGUUGGAAUCUACGUCGUCUUCUGCGGCAGAAGCUCAAUCCACGGCGAUUACGACGGACUACGAGACCCCUUCAAUUUCUGCGUCGUCUUCGCCGGAGGCCCUCCAUUCAACUAGCGAAACUAGCGAAUCAGGGGCGGUGCCACAGCCACUUCCACCCACCUCUUCCAAUGAACCGGAGACGGACUCCCCGCUACCAUCUAAGAUUUCUCCCAGUUCCGAGAUAUCGGGUCCUACACCAAGGGCAUCUAGUGUUUAUGGAGGGCACUCAGGAAUUGUUAGAAUCACCAUUAGUCAGAGCUCGAGCUCUCUAAGUGUCACGGCUCCCAUACCAUUACCAGAAAAUACGUCAACAGGAUCAUCGUCGUGGACCUCGUCACCGACGAGCGAAGAGACUGUUUCAACUGAAACUGCAAACUUGAGCAGCAACUUAUCCACGGGAACGCCAUCAAGCUCUUUUACAGGAAAUGCAGCCACAACCACCUCCCUUUUAUCGAAAACCACACUUUCGAGCUCAUCAGCCGCCGAGCCAGAAUCAUCACACUUAGGGGCAUCCAGUACUGAAAACACAUAUCUAGAGACUUCAUCAUUGAGCUCUGACAACAUUUCGGGAAUCAGUACUAGCAUUUCUUCACAAAGUAUUUCCGAAUACUCUACUAGUUCCCAAGUGAACGCUGCCACGACAUUUUCAAGUGUCGCAUCAAAUGCAGAUACAUCAUAUUCAGUUUCUUCUCCAUCAAGUCCUAUAAUUGCUGUCUCUUCGACUUGGAGUUUGUCAAGUAUCUUGAAUCCUCUCAGCUCAACCGCGAACGCGGCAACUACCAUAGAAGAGUCCUCAGUCACUAACUCUCCAGCUACAAUUGGUGUCAGUUCUUCUAGUACGAGCAUGACUACUCAACAGGCUUUGACUUCAUCGCUCUCUUCGAUUCAAUCAGCACUCCAGCAUCUUUCAAUGAUCAGUACUGACAGCGAAGCAUCCCAGGUCUCACAGACGUCAAGUGAAACUCAGGUUCUUUUAUCGUCUGAUUCGACAGCUGACAAAGGUACCACGUCUACUGGUCCUUUGACAGUCUCUAGUGUUCAAUCAACGUCUGAAUCCGGUUCUACUAGCUCUACGGAAGUGCCAGCACAUUCGCCCGAGUCCAGUACCUCUUCUUCAGUGAGUUUGUCUGGAACAACUCCUGAAGGUACUGAAAAUUCACUCACAGAAUAUUCGAGCAGCAGCCCGGGUCUGGGUACCGCAGGUCCUACAACUUACCAAUCACAACAACCAUCAAGCACUGCUUUUGGAAUUACGUCCUCUGUGCCUACAACUCCAACAGCAAAUUGGCUUCCUACUAGUAUUGUGUACCAAGAUCCAUCGACUGCAUCAGGAUCACAACAGUCUAGUACCUCGUCGAUUGCAGAAUCAGCAUUACCAAAAGCGAUUUCCCCUGUUGCGACUGCGGCAGUUUCUCCUAAUUAUAGAUUGAUUACAGUUGGAUUCAAACAGGAACUGAAAUACACGUUUGUUUGUGAAAAUUCCUACUCUUCGAAUCAGAUUUUCGAGUAUCUGCCCAAGGUCCUCACAUACCCAAAUCCUGAUGUGAAUGAGUCUGCUGUUUUUGUCAAACAAUUGGUUCCUUAUUCUUCUGCGAACGUUGACUAUAUCAUCACUGUUGCAGAAGUUUACUUUGACCAAGAUUACAUCACUGUGUUACAGAAUGAAAUCAGUAAUACCUCGUCAACACUCUACACGAAUCCAAAUGCAAUUCAAAAGUCGCUAGCCGGAUACAUUGACAGUCGAGUCCCUAUAGAUGGGCUGCUGGAUGCAACUUCAAUGGGGUCUGCAACUAUUGGAGGCGAUCUUUCCGGUACAGGAAAUGAUGAAGAUGAUGACGAGGAUGAUUCUCUUUCUUUAGGAUCUAUGGAUUCCUCCAGCCUGACUUCUACCGGAUCAACAAAGGUACAAGGUGGUAGAAUAGCCGGUAUUGUUGCUGGCUCUGCUGCAGGUGCCACAGCCUACGCGGCGGUGAUGAUGCUAAUCUACAAAAGAAGAAAGAAGAAGCUUCAAGAACAAUACGAAUCCGAAAAACAUGCAAAUCUUCAUGGCUCGAGUGAUUUCCGCUCGCUAAUGUUGUCCAGCGGUUCACCGGUUGAUGCCGAGCAAUACCAUUCUGACUAUUCUGACGAAGGCGCCAUCCGCCUCACAAACUCUUCUUCCGGCGCAUCCUUUACUCGAAUGUUCACAAGAAACUCUAACUCCAAUGUCGAGCUGGGAUCAACCAGAUACAUGCCUUCCAUUUCCAAUCCUACCAAUGUGAAAAACUCGUUGGGUUGGUGAUCGCCGGUGUAAACUCGCUUACAAUUCUAAGUUGAAUUAUCGAAAAAUGGAACUACAUAGAGCUCUUUUCGAAUAUAGUUGUUCUAAUUUUUAUUCCUGAUGCUAUAACAAUAGCUUGGCUGACUCAUUGAGCAUUUCUUUGUUUCUUUCGAAGCGAAAGACCGCAAACAGCGUGUCUUCUAUCAGAUCUUUCUUGGUUGGCCGAUUGUAGUCUAGCUUUGGAAUUAGAGAGUCCCGUGAUUUCUCUAACCAUGAAAACCAGUUGUUAGGUAAUGUUGGAUUUAUAUCGGUGGCUUUUGCAGUCGAUCUUAACUCGCUGAAAGCACGUAAUGAAUAUGAUUCGGCAAGUUCACCUUUGUAAUUAUACUUAGAUGAUUCGUGUUGCAGUAUUCCACGUAGAAUACGAAACUCUACGUUCUCUUCGGAGAACGGUUCUGAGCAGGCAUUAGAAACAAAAUUUAUCGUGUUGAUUAAUCUGUUAGUCAACUGUUCACUGGUCAAUUUAUCGGUAACAUUGAUAAGUAAUUUGCGUUUAUACUCAUAGUCCUCUCUGAACCUCAUUUGGAUAUAAAGUGUGUAUACUCGCUUGAAAUGGCCUGGGACAUUAAGGUAGGGAACGAGCCUUAUCAGAUUUCGAUAUAUUAUUUUGCAUUGUUCAGGGUGAGUAUAGUAUGAAAGAUAGGAUGCGGUAAUACCAUUAGUACCAUAUAUAUGAUUUAAUACCGAUUUCCUGUAAAGCAAUAGAUGUUUGCUUAUGUGCAAGUUUGAUACCGAAUGUAAAGAUUUGUGCAUUUUAUGAGUCUAUGAGA